AUGAGAACAGAAUCCAAUAUCCUUCUCCUCCUCCUCCUCCUCCUCAGAGCUCGCUUUACGUUCUUAUUCCAUCUCAACACCUGGGGUCAGCAUUUUUGCCUAUAUAUACUGAAGGUGCUCUGGUCCACAACCUCUCAUCUCGGCCUCUCAAGCAACAACAGCCGGGCCGUUUUGUUCUACGAUACUAAGUUCAACACGAGAGAUGCUCGCCCAGUAGACUUUAUCGUAUCCUUCGAAUCGACCCUUCAGAAGUGUGAAGCAAACGAAGAGAGUAAGAACGUCAUGCGGCAAAAGUGUCAACUCUUCGCCUUCCCCACAAACCUCUGA